CCCUGUGAGCAGUUUCCUUAUUUGAGUUGAUGCAAGUAAUUUCAUUGGACUCGAGUAAUUGUUGAAUUAUGUAAAUGUGUACAAGAGGUAGGAACUACCCGUAGCUGACUCAUACAUGUACUUAAGUCUUACACGUAGCUACCACUUUGACAGACAAAGCUAUUAUGCAAAAGCCAUUAUACAAUUGACUCUAGUCCUUUCACCUACUUCAAUCAGACAUAUCUCCCCAUGAUAGACGUCCGAACAUCUUAUAAUGAGUAACUAUAAUCAAUUAAACGGUCAGAGGCAUCGGCUUUCUAAAUCAGCACAAGAAAACGCACCACCCUACACUCAUUUCGAUGUUACUGCGACCAUUAACAAAGAAAUACAGAAUGUCUUUUCAGGAGGACUCAUCCAUAGCCCUCAAAGUCGGAGCUUGAAACGCAACCGAGACAUGUAUGAAGAGGAUAAUGGCGUAAAACACUCACCUCACAAAUUAUCUCUACCAGCCGCACCAUCUUCUAGCCCCUUUCAGACACUCAGAGUCACGAAAUCUGGCGCCACAAAUGGCAGCAUCUCUUUUCCCAAGACAGAAGACGCACAAGCUUCUUACAACAUAAAGCAGGGCCAAUUUAUCGAUCCUCGGUAUCCGCUAGAACAUACCACCAUCGAGCAGUUGACUCCUUACUCUACUCCAACAGUAUUCAAAACCAAGGGCCAGCAGAAUCGUAACGGCGUAGUAGGGUCGUCGAAAGAAUUACAUAUAGUAAACAGUCCUCCCCUAGCUAGGAACUUGGGGCGUUUUCCUGUGACGCUUCCGUAUACACCUAAAUCAAUCGAUGCUUCUUGGAAUUCGAGCCACGGCAAUCUAGUUGGCACAACAGUUGUUGGGCGACCCACCGGCCUAACACAUCUCACCACAUUAGGUAAUGCGCAUCCCUGCAACGGCGCUGACAACGACAACCAAAUUCUAGGCAAAUCGUCUAAACUGGAUAAUCCGAACGCUGACGCUAGCGACGAUGCCCAAGAUGAAUAUCCUCUUGACAGUGACUUGAUGGAGGAAGACAUGGCCUAUCUUCUCGGAAUGGCCCUCGAUAACGUCCAAGAGGCGCAUAUACCCCCUUCUAGCGUUGCUCAGGCAUGGGAUCGUGACUCGAGGUCGGCAGUUGAAUAUGACUCGACUCUACAACACUCGUCCCCAAAUGAACUAAGUGCCUCGCAUAUAGUACCUGACAUGGCCGAGAACCCUAACAGCAACCAAGAUGAUCUCCUCGAUGAAGAUGUCGACUGGAAUGUCGUAUAUACUAUGACGAGCACAAUUCCGAACGGCGCAUCGAGUACCAACCUCCAAGACACAGCUAAUCCUUUGCUACAAGAGCAAAUCACUCGCACGGAGGAACUUGUCGAGUGUGAUGCUCGCAUUGAGGACACGACGCCCUUGAAGCCAUUCGUGAGACCGCCCUUCCCUGAAAAGGUCCGUGAUCGUUCUGCCGUCUCGGAAUUAUCGCCGCGUACGGUAUUGCGGACCUGUUUUCGAAUAGGAGAGUUGGUCAACCAAGCGAUACAUUGUCUAAACCAUCGGCAGGAUGUAGUCUUCGAGCUGUUCGCGAGGGUAACGUAUUCAAGCCGCGAGAGUCUUCAAAGAAACCAACAUUUCCAGUUCAUUGACCUAUUUAAAGAUCAGCUUCCGUACCCUGCGGGGGUCCUCUCGAACUGGCGAGUAGGCACGCAGCUGGAUCGCCAAAGUGCGGCGUUCCUAGGUACGAGGGCGGAGCCUAAAUUAUGCCGUUGCGUAUGCAAGCCCAGGAGAGAUCCAAAGGUCGCAAUCGGCCUAACUCUUGUCGUUGCUGCCAUCAGAGAGAUUGACUGGGCGCAUAUCAUAUUGGCCAAAAAGACAGUCUGCGGGGGAUCGGAUGAUGCAGCCCGAGAUGUUGUCACACAAUAAAACUACGAGAAUCAAUAGUGGGCUGAUGGAUGGGUGGAUAUGUAGAGAAGUGCCAGUGUAUCUGUCGACGAGCUUGCUAUGACACAGGUGGAGAAGAGCUUUGGGGGAAUGUCGUAAAGGAGGCCAAUCGUCUAAUGCAUUUAACGAUAGCUUUUGUUCCUGUCUAUGUAUACACAGCGGAUGGGUACAUGAUCGUUGAUAGUCAAAUCAAGUAGAGGAGAGUAAAUUGCUAGGUAACGUCCGGUAGCCAAUGGUUCAACAUAAUAUGAAGAUAGCAUAAUACUGUGCUAGGACUAGAGCCCGGUGCUUAAACAUGUUGGUAGAGUCUACCAAGUAAAUUUGAACCAAGUUUGAGAGUGCGCACUGGUGAAUGGACACUCCGCACGGAGGGCAAAUCCCUCAGAAAAUACCAUCGAGGUGAUGGGGUCUCACCAGGAAUACCCGUUAGGUGGAGAGUGAAACAGACCUAGCGCUUUAGAUUAAGAUGGAGAGGAAGGGGUUUGGUAUGAUACAUCAUAACAUAAUUGUUUUGAAGAUGAUUUGAACUAAACAGAUAAGUUUUACCUAAUAGAAAUCGUGUACUCGGCAGGAGAGAGAGAGAUAAAGCGUUGCUUACCUACCUAAGGUAUUUCGGGUAUCUUAUUCGCUUCGUUGAGAUGAAUGAAUAUGUUGAAUAUGCGAUGCUGCAUCAAAAAUUUUAAAAAUGCACGGUUACCUGUAUUGGAAGUUACUUUGUACGUGG